UUUGAUGUGUAUUGGAAUCUCGGCCAGAUUGAUCUACAAAGAUAUUUUAUUUGUUUGUUACAAAGAUCUUUUAUUUUGUCGUGUAUGACCAAUAUAAGCUCCAAGUAUAAAUAUUCAAAUAUUAGCAACCCCAGAAAUUGUAACCAAGUGUUCCAUUUAGAAAUAGAAGGGCAAACUGUAAGAGUAUGCAAACCUUUUUUCAUGAAAGUAUUAAAUAUAUCUGAUCGUGUUAUACGUACUGUCAAGAGCAAUAUAAAUGAACAUGGAAUUUUAGCGCAAGAUCUGAGAGGACAGCACGGCACUCAUGUCAGGGUUGACGAACAACUACUAAACGAUAUUAAACAAUUCAUCGACGCAAUUCCAAGAAUGGAAUUUCAUUAUAUUAGGCAAUACUCUACUCGUGAAUACAUUGAUGGUGGCAAAACAAUUACAGAUCUUUUCAGAGACUUUAAAGAAAAUCAAAACAGAAAUAACAAAGCGAUAAGAGUGACCAAAGAUAUCCCUUUUUCAUUUUUUAUUAAAACUUCGUAUAAAGAUAACGAAUACCAGGAAGUGAGCAUCAGAAAUAGAAGGAAGAAAAUGCUUCCUCUGUGUGACAUUAUGCCAAUUAAUGUCUACACUCAACGGCAAGAACUAAGCGACAAUAAAAAAAAA